CCACACCCUGACCGUGGUGCUCCGGGCGGGGCAGCCAGGGCGCGCGCGGCUGGAGCACACCUGAGAUGAAGCUUCAGGCCGUCAUGGAGAACCUUCACCGGCAGCAGAGGGCCAAGCUGCUGAUGGAACAGCAGCUCCAGCAGGGACAGGUGCAGGGGCAGGGGCAGCUCCGGGCGGGGCUGGGGGACGAGCCCAUGGUCAGCCCCGCCCGCGACGCCGAGCACACGCAGAUGGCGGCGCUGGCGGCCAUGAGGGCGGCGGCGGCCGGACUGCAGAGGGUCACCGACAGCCCCAUGUCCGAGCGCAGCAGCGGAGACGACGACGACGAGGAGGAGGGCGACCACUACAAGGACAUGAUGGGUUCAGACGAAGAGGAGCACAUUAAACAGAAGUGGGACGAGGACGACUUCGAGGGGGAGAUGGAGGACGACUUCGACGACGACCUGGCCGAGGAGGGUCUGCCCACGGCCCAGGAGGCGGUCACCCCGGGGAAGGGCAUCCUGCUUUUACCCCACCGCCAGCUCCACCCCCACGCCCAGCUGCUCAAGGCCCGGCCCAGCGUGGAGCAAGAGGCCCGCGUCGCCAUCCUGCCCCCCCACGCCACGCACAGCCACCUGGGGGCGCAAGACCACGGCGAGUGGACCUACGAGGAGCAGUUCAGACAGCUCUACGAACUGGACGUUGACCCCAAGAGGAAGGAGUUUCUGGAUGACCUCUUCAGCUUCAUGCAGAAAAGAGGGACCCCGGUGAACCGCAUCCCCAUCAUGGCCAAGCAGGUGUUGGACCUGUACAUGCUGUACCGCCUGGUGACGGAGAAGGGCGGCCUGGUGGAGGUCAUCAACAAGAAGCUGUGGAGAGAGAUCACCAAAGGACUGAACCUGCCCACGUCCAUCACCAGCGCCGCCUUCACGCUGCGCACACAAUACAUGAAGUACUUGUACCCGUACGAAUGUGACAAGCGCGGUCUGAGUAACCCCAACGAGCUGCAGGCCGCCAUCGACAGUAACCGGCGAGAGGGACGGCGCCAGAGCUUCGGCGCCAGCCUCUUCACCUACUCCCCCAACGGCACGCCCACCAUGCUCUCCUCCUCCAAGAUCCCUGCGCCCGGGGUGGGCAUGUCUGUGGGCAUGUCCAUGGGCACCAACGGAGCCACGCUCACCCCCAUCCAGAAGAUCAAGAAAGAGGAGGGGGGCCAGCCUCUGCCCGGCGUGGGCAUGGCUCGUCUACCUGCCGGGGCGCUGGCCGGGCACUCGGUGGCGGCGGUGCAGGCCGCUCAGGCGGCCAUGGCUGCUCAGGUCGCGGCGCUGGAGCAGCUGAGGGACAAACUGGAGGCAGGAGAACCUCCAGAGAAGAAGAUGGCCGUGCCGGCGGAGGAGCACCACAGACUCCUGCAGAGAGCUCUACAGCACAACCUGCUGGCCAUGAGCCAACUGCCCAUGAACAUCCGCAUCAACCACCAGAGCACAGACGUGAAGCAGGAGUCUGCAGUGAACCUCACCACCAACGGCAGCAGCAGCAUCAGCAUGUCCGUGGAGCUCAACGGAGUCAUGUACACCGGUGUCCUCUUCGCCCAGGCCGCCCCGGGGUCCGCCUCCUCCGCCUCGGCGCCCGCUAAAGCCGCCGCCCUCGCCCGGGUCAUCCCUCCUCCACAAACCACGCCUACCUCAACCGCCGCCGCAGCAGCCGCAGCCGCCGCCGCAAGCUCCGCCCCCGUGUCUUAACACCACCACCCCCUUCCCUUGCCCUCCCUCCUUCCCCUCGACCCUCUGCAUUUUUUUUACCGAACCACCACGCUAAAAAGUAAAGCCAAAAAAAUCCACCUCGUCGCUCCCACGCCUACCCACCACCGCCUAUGCCAAAAAAAAGAGACCUGAAAUCUCACUUGAAGUACCCUCUAUCUCAGGUUUAAACGCUCACCUACUCGCCUCUUUCGUUCUUCAAAAGCCAAAAAAAUACCAUAGGAUAACUCAUCAGAGCCAGUAUAAAUGUAUGCAUUACCUGUGAAUUAUUUAUUUCUACACAAUUGUACAGAAAACCGGAGAACAAAAGAAAGAAAUCAUAACGUCAAAUGGUUAAAUACACUGUUUACACGCUACUGACUGACAGCUAUGAGAUUUCCUUCAGGGGAGAGGUUUUUUUUUUGUUUUUGUUUUUUUGAAUCCAUCUUUUUCAAUGUCAUUGUUUUUUGAAUAUUAUUUUUAUUCUUUGUGUUUUAUCAUUUUAAAUCUAUUUACAAUCCUCUCACUGCAGGAAGAAGAUCUAUUAUAUAUAUUUAGAAUUUUAUGGAGAAAAAAAAAAUGAAAAAAUUAUCUAUUUUGAAUCAGAAAAGCUUUAAAGAUAUGUGUUGUUUCUUCAGGGCAUAUUUACAAUGGACCGUUGUAACCUCAUUAUUUGUGCAGCCUCACUCCGCCGCCGGACGUUUUGAAACCAGGAUGUAAACGCGAUUUGCCAACUCACAAAAUUGUGGAAAAUUUAUGUACAAGGUCACCUAUAAAUCUUUGUUUUAGCUUAGGUUUUUUGUAAGUAAAGUUUGAGGAAAUUGAGAAAGAUUUUUGCGAAUUUGCAGGAUCCUUCGUCUGGAGAAAGUAGCGGGAAGAUUUGUUGAUUCUGCAGUUCAAAAAGUUCAAAAAGUAGAAAGUACAGAUACAGAAGUAAAAAAAUAUCCACUUUUAAGACACAGAUACCAGAAAAAGUACCGUACUUUGGUUUGUGUACCAUUCGUUUUUUUGAAUUUCAAUUAAAAAUGACAAAAAGACAAAACAAUAAAAUGGAAAAAAACGGUUUUAGUUUUACUGUCAAACAAACUUCAGACUUCAACUUCUAUUUUCAAUAUUUACAGUGAAGUUUAUGUCAAGUCACCGUGCCUACACUGAAAAAAAACAAUAUCUAGAUAAGUAAAAAUGACUUAAAUUAAAAACAUUUGACUUUAUUUGAGUCGAUUCAACUUGACAAGUAAACUUACCGACCAAUUUUUCCCCAGUGUGAUUUAUAGUCCAAAAAAUACAGCACAUAAAGCCUAAUUGGGCUCCAAAAAAUGAACAAAAACAACCUCAGUUAUUUCCCGGGAUUCCUGGGAAUCUGAAUCUCCUGGGAAAUGAAUCGUCUUGUCCCAGGAUAUGAUUCAUGUAAUUUUCGAGAAAAUAUUAAACCCCAAGUCUGACUAAACCAGAGACACCCAAGUGUGUUUUUCUUAAUUCAAGUAACAUUUGAUUUUGUUCCUUAUUUUAAGUGUAGUAAGACAAAAAGUCUAAUUCAAUUUUACUUGUCAAGUGAAAUUUACUCAAAUCGUGAUCAAACUUUCUUAAUUCAAGUCAUCUUAACUUGGCUAGAUUUAGUUUUUAUUGGUGUAUUUUAAAAUUUUGAUAUUUUAUUCUCUCUGGUUUAUUUUUAAGGAAGUUCUGCCAAAUUCAGUUUCAGCUGAACAAAGGAGAAUUUAUCCUUUUUCUCGUCAUGAAGUUCAGCAAUUACUUUCUUAGGGCCCGUUUACACGAGAACGCUUGCGGGAAAAACGACCCGAUAUUUGAUCAGAAGUGCCUUUCGUUUAGACGGUGACAGCGUUUUUGGGGAUUAAAAACGCAAAAAUCUGAAACCACCCUCCACAGUGGAAAAAAUAGUUGAACACGCUCCGCCGUAGUGUUUCUGUCUACACUGCCCAAGACGCAAAACUCUGGUCAGAUCUGCUCAGGUCACGUACACAUUUAUGUCACGUACAAUUGACUUCCUCACACUUUUGCGUCACCGUAUCCACGCAGAUUUCCUCCCGAUAACGCUCAUCUAAAUGCGGAAUAUAAAGCGAAAACGCGACACCACUUUUGCGUCUUUUGUUCAGACCGUCAUCAUAUAAACGUAGACUGAAACGCAAAAGUAAAACGCGUUGCUAUUUAAAAAAAAGAGAGACGCGUUUGUCCAAAAAACUGCAAGGAUUUUUCAGGUAAAUUCUUCUAGCAGCAGAGUUUUUUGAUUGGUGUUAUUUGAAUUAAACUCUAAAUUAAAUAUUGGAAAUAGAGGUCGAAAUCUGUUUUUUGUUUGACACUAAAACGUAAAAAUUAAAUAACAGACUGUUUUAUUUUAUUGUUUUUUGUUUUUAAUUGAAAGCCAAAAGAACGAACAGUACACGGACCUACUUCUGCUUUUGUACUUCAUUACUUUCCGCCAAAAUCUGGAAAUUAUCAUCCCAUAGAAAACCCACAAGGGAAACUAUGCAAACGCCACAAAAAGCCAUAUACAGCUGAGGAACUGAACCCUCCACAGACCAGAGGAUUCAGUUUUACUUUGCUCCCGAUGGAGGCGCAAAACGAGUCAACAAAAGCACAAAAUCAGCAAAAUUCUAACAGUAUCGUCCACAAUUUAUUUACAAUCGUGGCUUUUUUAGAAGAGCGAGUCAUUUCUAGUUGUCAUAAAGUAAUAUAUUUGUAGAAUUUGAGAAUUUUGUGUGUGUUUGUGCUUAUUUAAAACCUAAUUUAUCCAGGCCAAGUUGGAUGGAAGCAAUGAAAAUCAAAUAUUUAUUGACACGUCGUCGUCAUCGUUACGUGAAAAUUAGAUUAGCAAAAACAGGUGACCUUUUAAUCGUUUCUGACAAUCGCUCAAACUCCACUCGUCUGACGCGGUUUGUAUCUCUGAAAACGAGAAAAAGCUCAGCCAAGAACACUUCAGUUUAUCAGAAAACGACUUAAAAGUAGCGAAAUUAUCAGUCCACGCAGCAAACAAACUACCUCUAGACUAGAAUCACGCCAUCUCAGAACUAGUUAAGUCAAUAAUAAACCUGAAAACAACACGAAUAACCUCAUAGUCGUUUUAAAAAUCUUGGCCAAAUCAGAGAAAAAUCGCUGCGAGUGGUUAAUCUCGUGCUUUAAAAUGGCCGCCGCCGGAGUGAGGCUCAAAGAAGUGGCGGGAAAAUGAUGUGUAAAUUUUCCCGCGACUCCGGGCUCUGGACCUGCGCAGUCUUCUCACUGUCCCCCAUACUGCUGCUUAGGUUCAGAUAUAUAUAUUUGAAAAACGUUGUACGGGGUGGGCGAUAUUGGCAAAAAAGUUUCUUGCUAUCGAUAAUCACAAAUGUAUAAAGCGUAUAUAUAGGCUAGUUUUGCUUCCUUGUUUGCGUAUAUCAACUUUUUUGUCACAUUUUUGUGUCGUUUUUCGGGCGUAGGUCGAUAGGUUGCGUUCACGUGACGUUUCGAGAUUCAGUUGUGGAAAAUCGAGCUGGAGGGCGGCUCUGAAAUCAAAAAUAUAGUUGAAUUUUUGUUGUUUUUGAAGGUCAGAAUGCUGUUUGACGUGGUUUGUUGUCAGGAGCCUAAUCGCUGGGCCUAUCCACGUUGUUCAAAGUCUUGUACGUCAACACCAAAAAGGUUAAAAGAGCUUCAAGUGGUUGCUCAAACACAAAGACGUAGUUGUUGUCGGCCGAGCGAGUCUGUCGACCUAUUUUCUCGCCGACGGAGGGGUGACCGGAUUUUCAAAAUUCUAAACUGGGACACGCCCGGUUUGGGAUGUUUGGUAUGAAUAAAGUAGUGAAAAGAAAAGAAUUUUUUAAGCGAGGGUACGCAAUUCGUGACGCCCACUAGGUAAACAAGGUCUACACCAAGUCAAAACCAGGACUAAACCAGGUCUAAACUAGGACUACACCAGGACUAAAACCAGACUAAAACAGGACUAAACCAAGACUAAAACCAGGACUAAACUAGGUCUAAACCAGGACUAAACCGAGACUAAACCAGGUCUAAACCAGGACUAAAACAGGUCUAAACCAGGACUAAACAAGGACUAAACAAGGACUAAACCAGGACUAAAACAGGACUAAACCAGGUCUAAACUAGGACUAAACCAGGAUUAAACCAUGAUUAAACCAGGCCUAAACCAGGACUACACUAGGACUAAACCCGGUCUAAAGGACCAGGGAACUCUAGGAAAAAACAGGUCUAAACCAGGACUAAACAAGGACUAAACCAGGACUAAAACCAGGAAUAAACUAGGACUAAACUAGGUCUAAACCAGGUCUAAACCAGGACUAAAACAGGUCUAAACCAGGAUUAAACCAGGCCUAAACCAGGACUACACUAGGACUAAACCCGGUCUAAAGGACCAGGGAACUGUUGGAACAUGGGGCCUAAUUUUGGAAAAAACAGAACAAAACAAAAAAAACAUAGGACUGUGGGAACAUAGUCACAUUCCCGUGGGAAUCUUAUUAGUCAGAAAUUAGUCAGAAAUUGCGAUAGUCUUGUUUUAACCCUGAUGUAGUCCUGGUUUAAUCUUAGUUUAGUCCUGGUUUAGAUCAGAUUAGUCAAAAAUAGGGACACCUGGGAUAUUUCUUGUAUAAAACUGAGACAAAUCACUGGUUUUUUGGAUAAAUCAGGGCUCAAAACUUGGACUGUCCCGGGUAGAUGAGGAAGUCUGGUCACCGUAGCCGACGAAAUUGCUUCCAGAAACUCCUGUAGAGUUGUUCUGACCCUUCGCCUUCUAUUUGAAAUCACGAUAUCGAAUUCCAAAACUGUCGUGAACGCAACCUAUUCCAAAACGAGCAUAUCUUCCACACAGCCUUUUUCCAUAUCCUGUCGACAGUAAACUCGUACGUAUCGCCCACCUCUGGUCUCAGUUCUCAGGUUAAAGUUACACAAUGUACAAAUCCACCCGUGUUCAUCCGCUCACAGCACGUAGAAGAAACUCUCUUUGUUCGUAGCUGUGCGGUGGAGCGUCUUAAGGUCAGCUGCAUGCGUUUCUCACACCAUCACCUCCGCCGUUGCGUUCGAGUGCGACUGGGCGCUCAGACAAUCAGAUAUCCGCGCUCUCGGGACGGCCACUUUGACAUUUUUUUUAUUUUUUACUCGUAUUUUUGUAACUCGUCCAUCGGGGCUUUGCGUGUUUUGGCGCGUCUUCUUCGGAUCCAAGUGCUUCUUACGCUCCCGGUCUCAUCAGGAUUAGACUGUAACGCAAAAUACUCUGACUGUUUUAAAGUUUUAAAGGUCCUAUAUUACACUAAAAUGACUCUGCGUGAGCUUUUAGUCACGUUAUAAUGUCGUUCCCUCCUCCAAAACAAAUCUGGAGUUGCGUUUUGUUGCAUUCAAACGUUUAUUUUUAGUCUGUCUACAUCUGCAAAGCUCAAAAUGUGAGUUAAACGUGAACAAAACACAACGUCAGGUCUGUUUGGGAUGAGAAAACGUAGUGCAAUAUAGGCGCUUUAACUGCAGUACUUGUAAUAUAGGCCAAGCAUUUUUUUGUAAAACGAUCACUGAUGAUUGUUAAUCUACUCAAAGCGACCUCAUAUUUCCUACGCUGCGAGGAAUCAAUCAAGUCUUGAGUAGUAGGGUCGAUCCCAAAGCCUUAAAUUGAGAGGAACUUGCCGUCGCAAAACGUCGCAAACAAAGACUCUUCGUCCACACGCUGUUAAGCACAUUAAAGGAGACAAAUUACGCUAGAUGGACUUCUUUUAAUUUCAAAACGAUUCUGUUAUCAGCAGAGAGGGACAAACAUCCGAUCUAGAGCUGUCAAAAAUCGAAUAUCAGACACUAAUCGAUACAAAAACUAGGAUCAAAACUAGACACCGUACUUUUCGGACUAUAAGGCGCACUUAAAAUCUUUUAAUUUUUGCAAAAAUCGACAGUGCUUACUGAUCUCGAACCGAUUUUAUGUGGUACACGGCGCUUGAAAAUCUGUCAAAAUGUUUUAGUACAACUUUGGUAAACUAUGAAGUUGCACAAGGAGUGAGCAGUUUUUUCAGCAAUUAUAGUUUAUGUAAAUGAGCCAUGUGGUUUUAAGUUUAGUUUCUGUAAAACGUAAACAAAUGUGCGCAAAGCUGUAUCAAACACAUUAUUACUCACUGUAUAUUUGAGUCGUUCUCGUAGAAAAUAAACAAACUUUAUCCACCCACAUUCGUCCGUUUGUUUCGUUUAAUUCGCCUUAUAAUCCAGUGCGAUUUAUGUAUGAAAAUAGAUGAGAGAAUUCAACAUUACUGAUAUAAUCCGGUGCGCCUUAUAGUCCGAAAAAUACGGUACUAAAUUUUUCGCAGGUAUUGAUACUAAAAAAUCCCAUUGACAGCACUGAAAUGAAUCUGAAAUGAAGUUUACACGAUAUAAGUACUACAAUUUAACAUCGAAAAUCACUUUAUUAUCGUCGUAGAAUCAGAAUCGGUGUUGAAUAGAGAGAAAACGUAGUCCCGUGACAACACUAAUCCAAUAGAAAGUCUUAAAAAUCGCCUGAAUUGUCUCCUUUAAAGUCUGUAUUUUUUAUCCGGUGAGAGACUCAAAGGUCAUAUACUGUAUUUCUACUCGAGUUUGAAGAAGCAGACAGGAGCAAAAACAAAAAUCCACACGUUGAAAUCUGAAUUCUAAAUAAAAAAACAACCCCAGAAAGAAAAGAAAAGAAAAGCAUUCUUUAAAGACUUCUUGACCAAAACGUGGGCUUCAAAUCUUCUGUCAACCUCAAAAAACGUGGAUAUUUAAGUUCAAAUUACAAUGAUUUAGCUUAAUCUUUGACAUUUUUUGGAUUAAUUUACCGAUCAGAAGUUAUUUAAACCAUUCUUAUUUGAGAUACGAGUUCGAUACCGGACUAAAACGACGACUAUUGUGGAUUUGAAUCUUUAUUUUUCGCAAACUUCUCCUAUCUGCUUCUUUAAAGUUUUGCUUCGUGGAAUCCAGGGUGUGAUUUCGUCGAGUUCUCCGAUAUCAAAAGCUCAAAAAAAUACACUCUUAUUUAUCUAUAAACUCUUAUUUAGUUGCUUCCAAGUUCUGAAAAACGUUGAUUUACUGUGAUGAAAACGUCCGAGUAGCCGGUUCGUGCCAGCUCUCGCCGCUGCCAAAUAAGACCUCGCUGAUUUAACCUGAGCAGGCAGAUUUUUGCAGAAGUGAAACCCCCAUCUGUCCCGUGUUACAGUUACAGAGGCGUUUUACAAGAUGACUCGCAAAAAAAAAAAGCUCCUAUGAAUUCGGAUUGCUAAUUUGAGUAGUUUUGACUAGUUUAGAUCUAUUUACUUUGCAUUAAUAACUGCCAAAAUCACACUUGAAAUAACUAAGACAGGUCAGAACCCAACGUAAACCAACUUGAAUAAGCUACUUCCUCCACGUAAAUCAAUCUAAAUGAGUAAGAACUACUCAAAAAACGCGAUGUAAAGGUUCUGAAUUCAAAUCGUUUUAACUAGAAUAGACGUUUUUACGGUUUUUGCCGGGCGUAUAAUCAAGCCGAAACAAUCGUUGGCGAUGCAGAGUAAUCCGAGUGUCGUUCGUUCAUUUGUUUUUCAAAAUAAAACCAAAAAUAAGAAAAGGAAAAAGCAACAAUUUUCUUCAUUAUUUGUCUCUAAAACCAAAAUGAAAAAAAAAAAAAAACAGAUAAUGAUUAAU